UUCUGAUUGGCCUGCCUGUGAAGCUGCGAUCAGUAGAACCUGCGGAGUGGCGGGCAGUGUUUAGUGUCCGUUCAGACAUGGCAAGCGUUCACGACAGCUUGUAUUUUAACCCCAUGAUGACCAAUGGCGUCGUGCAUGCCAAUGUGUUUGGUAUUAAGGACUGGGUGACCCCGUACAAGAUCUCUGUGCUAGUGCUGCUGAGUGAGAUGACCAAGAACACGGAGAUCACCGUGGUGGAAGAGAGGCGGCUGAACAAGCACAUCCUGCCGCUUCUCCAGGGUCCUGACAUGUCGCUUUCAAAGCUGAUUAAGAUAGUCAAUGACUGCUGUCCAAAUGUGGCAAGCUCUGUGCAAAUCAGGAUAAAGCUCAUGGCAGAAGGGGAGCUAAAAGACAUGGAGCUGUUUUUUUAUGAACUUUCAGACUCCUUCUCAGGGACUGAACCUGAUGUGCACAAAACUAGUGUUGUGGGUCUAUUUCUUCGCCACAUGAUCUUGGCCUACAACAAACUUUCCUUUAGUCAGGUCUACAAAUUGUACACCUCCCUGCAGAACUACUUCCAGUGUGAUAAAGCGAAGACAACCUCAAAAACAGAGAAUGAAGAGGCAGAAAUGGAGCUCGCCAACACUGAGGAAGAUGAAGAGGAACAAGAAUUAAGUGAAGAACGAGAGAUGGAGAAAGAAGACCUCGACUGUCCUAUUGGAGAAGAAGAGUUAGCAUGUAACGGACCUCUGUCCCAAAAACAAGCAGAGUAUUUUUUGUCACACCAGGCCUCAUUGCUGAAGAAUGAUGAAAGUAAAGCUUUGUCACCUGUCCUUUUGCAAACAGAGUUGAACAAUCUGCUAAAGUUUAACCCAGACUUUGCUGAAGCUCAUUAUCUUAGCUAUUUAAAUAGUCUACGUGUCCAAGAUGUGUUUAGUUCAACUCACAGCCUGCUUCACUACUUUGACCGUCUAAUCCUCACUGGCGCAGAAAGUAAAAGCAACGGAGAUGAAGGUUAUGGACGGAGCCUACGAUAUGCUGCACUCAACCUGGCUGCACUCCAUUGUCGCUUUGGACAUUAUCAUCAAGCAGAGCUGGCCCUGCAAGAAGCCAUAAGGAUAGCCCAAGAAUCAAGUGACCAUGUCUGCCUACAGCACUGUCUGAGUUGGUUGUACAUAUUGAAAAGCAGAAAAGGUGAAGACAGCAGCGUUUUACUGGAACACUCCGUAAAGAAAGCUGUCCACUUUGGGCUGCCAUACCUCGCUUCCCUUGGCAUUCAGUCUUUGGUCCAGCAACGGGCAUUUGCAGGAAAGACUGCAGAUAAACUUAUGGACGCACUAAAAGACUCCGACCUCCUUCACUGGAAGCACAGUUUAUCUGAGCUUAUUGACAUUAGCACUGCUCAGAAGACUGCAAUCUGGAGAUUAUAUGGGCAAAGCACGAUGGCAUUGCAGCAAGCACAGAUGCUCCUCAGUAUGAACAGUUUGGAAUCCGUUAACGUAAACGUCCAACAGAAUAACACUGAAUCAUUUGCUGUAGUUUUGUGUCAUCUUGCAGAGCUACAUGCAGAACAGGGUUGUUUUGCUGCUGCUUCUGAGAUCUUAAAACAUUUAAAAGAAAGGUUCCCUCCAAAUUCCCAACAUGCAAAGCUGUGGAUGCUGUUUGAUCAGAAAAUUCAGUUUGAUAGAGCAAUGAAUGAUGGAAAGUAUCACAUUACUGAAUCACUUGUGACUGGAAUCACAGCCUUAAACAGCGUAGAGGGAUUGUACAGGAAAGCCAUUGUUCUGAAAGCACAAAACCAAACAGCAGAAGCUCAUAAAAUUCUACAGGUGCUGCUUACUCACUGUCAGAAAGUAAAGAACAUUGAGAUGGUAAUCAGAGUCCUUCUGUCUUUAGCGGAGCUCUACUGGAGAUCUUCAUGUCAUCCAGUGGCACUGCCUGUUCUACUCCAAGCACUAGCUCUAUCUAGGGAGUACCGCUUACAGUACUUAGCCUCUGAGACAGUGCUCAAUUUGGCUUUUUCACAGCUUAUGCUUGGCAUCCCAGAACAAGCAUUGAAUAUUCUGCACAUGGCAAUAGAGCCCAUUCUGGCUCAUGGCGCAGUCCUGGAUAAGGGGCGGGCAAUGUUUCUUGUGGCUAAGUGUCAAGUAGCCUCAGCAGCAUCAUAUAAUCCCCAGAAAAAGACUGACGCAUUGGAAUCGGCCAUACUUAAUCUGAACGAAGCUAAAGCUUACUUUACUAAAGUGGACUGUAAAGAACAGAUUCGAGACAUCCUGUACUUGCAAGCCAGACUGUACAAUAGUUUAGGAAAAAUCCAAGAGAGGAACAAGUGCGCCAUGCUCUUCCGACAGAUACAUCAGGAGCUGCCCUGCCAUGGGGUGUCAUUGUUAAUCCGCCUGUAAAGAUUUUCAAAUUGCCAGGCAAGGUUUACUGUUUAUUUUAUUGCUUAAUAGCAUACUAAAAGGUUCUAUCAUCCAAUGGUGAAAUCCCGCUCUGUGUGCAGCACUCUAUUCUAAAAUACCAUACCAGGCAAUAAAAAAAUAUUGGAUCGGUGAAUCACAGGCAAAUGCUCUGUAACUGGUUAUUAAAUUGUCAUACACUGAAAUUAAAUAUCCAUGAUGGAUAUGGUUUCCUACUGAUGCAAAUAUUGCUCAUGUGCAUUGGGUAUAUUCUUAUUAGAGAGAGGUCAGAUACAACUGAGCAAAAUAUAAAAAUGACUUUACCUGUUAUGACUAGCAAGACCUUCUCACCUGCUUAAAGUGAACCUGUCAGAUCCAACAAAACCUUUUUUUUUAUAUUACUCAGUAUCUAGUCCUGACAAUGUACAGCUAUUUUUGUGUCUAGCACCAUUAUUAUUUAUUUAUUACACUUUUAUUGUAGCUCACUUGCUUGAAAUCCUCUCAAAGGGAUGGGGCGUGGCCUCCCUGUGCAUUCCUCAGCCCCCUACCUCAGUAUGCUGUCCUGUCAGUUCAUCUCCUAGCAUCAGCAAAACUACAGUAUGUCCUCACUGUCAGGGCAUGCUGGGAGUUGUAGAUUUGCUAAGAGAGAUGUGAGCAGGCAGAUGGUUAAAUUUCCUCUAGCAUUAGCAAAACUACAACUUCCAGCAUGUCCACACUGUCAGGGCAUGCUGGGAGUUGAAGUAUUGCUAAUCCUGUGAGCGGCAGCGGUGGGCAGACAUGUGAACGGCACGGCAGGCAGCUAUGUGAUUGCCAGCGGCAAUAUGAGCGGUGGAGAGGGGGAUGACUAGUGUGCAGCGCAAUCCCGAGAGCUGCACCAGCCGGCAACAACUGUUUUCCCCUGUGCGCUCCUAGCACUCACAGCAUCAGUGAUGCUAGGAGCGCUCUGAUGUCGGCUGUUGUGGAGCUCUGCUGUGGUGAACACUCCUGUGUCCCUCUCAGCUAACAGAAUCUGGAGGGAAGCAGGAGUUUUCACUAUACCAACAGGGCAGCUAUUUACUUACCCUGCGCUCCGAGCGCAGCAGAGCCAUGUCCUGUGUGUCCACCCAUCAUCAUGAUGCUGCCUCUGAACUCAUUGGUGUCCCAGCAGGUAUUGGUACCCCUAGUAGCCAGACUUUUAAGCCCUGAUUUCUACAAAAUUUAAAUAAAAAUGUUCUAAUUAAGUAUAUUAGAAAAGUUAACCCCUUAAGGACACAGCCCAUUUUGACUUUAAGGACACAGCAAAUUUUAUUUUUGCAUUUUCGUUUUUUCCUCCUCACCUUCUAACAAUCCUAACGCUUUUAUAUUUUCAUCCACAAGCUAGUGUGAGGGCCUGUUUUUUGCGCAACCAGUUUUCCUUUAUGACAUCACUCACUUUACCAUAAAAAUGUAUGGUGAAAUUUAAAAAAUUCUAUUUGUGUGGGGAAAUUGAAAAGAAAACUCCAAUUUAGCAAAUUUUGGGAGGUUUCGUUUUCACUCUGUACACUCUGACAUGUCUUCUUUAUUCUGUGGGUCAAUAUGAUUAAAAUGAUACCCAGUAUUGCAUACUUUUCUAUUAUUGUACCGGUUUAAAAAAAAAAAAAAUCUCAAACCUAUUUUGACGACCUAUAACUUUUCCACUCUUUUGUAUAAGCGGCGGUAUGAGGGCUCAUUUUUUGCGCCGUGAUCUGUACUUUUUUUUGGUACGUAUAUUUGGUGCAUAUAAAAAUUUUAAUAAAUUACAUUUUUUUUUUUGAUAUCUGACAAAAAAGCAAAUUUUUUUUAUUUUUAUAACGUUUACACUGUUCACCCAAUAUCAUUAACAUUAUAUUUACUUUUUUUUUUUACACUUUAAUAGUCCCCACUAGGGUAUAGCACUGAUCAGUGUUAUCGGCUAUCUUCUGCUCUGCUCGAUCUCAGACCAGAGCAGAAGACCCCUGGAGACGGCCGGAGGCAGGUGAGGGGACCUUCGGCCGCCAUGCUGGAUGAUCGAAUCCCCACAGCAGCGCUGCGGGCGAUCCGAUCAUUCAUUUUAGUGACUGCACUGCCGCAGGUGCCGUGACCUGUGUUGAUCACGGCAUCUGAGAGGUUAAUGGCACACAUCAGCGCAAUCGCUGAUUGGCGCCGUUACCGGCGGGUCCCAGGCUGCUAAUAGCAGCCAGGACCUGCUGUGUAUGACCCGAGCAUCGGUCCGAUGCUCGUGGUCAUGUACAGGGCAUAAAUGUACGUCCUGGUGCAUUAAGUACCAGGGCACUAGGAUGUACAUUUACGUCCUAUGUCGUUAAGGUUGUUAAUGUGUUGCCAAGAUGUUUCUACAUGCUCUUCCAGAUAGGUCAUCAAUAUCAGAUCGGUGGGGUGUUGACACUGAGCACCCUUACCAUUCAACUCUGUUCCAGGUCCACAAAGCUGACAUGCACAGUGAAACAGACAAAAGCAGACUGCUCCAUACAUUGUGUAUUGGCCAUGCUGGGUUACUGCAACUUAUCUCCUAUUGACUUUAGUUGUUGCAAUAGAAUCCAAACUGUUGUAAAUAAGCAUGGCCAUAUUGUGCUUCUGGCUCUGUUCUCUUCAUCUGUAGCAUCUACAGACUCUGGUAACCAGCUGAUUGGCAGGUCCCCACAUGUCAGCACCCCAUCAAUCUGAUCUUGAUGCAGGAGAUCAGGCCAUCAAUACAUUUUGCCUGGAAAGCUGCAUUAGUGGUAUUAAUUCAAUCUUUGUCAUUACUACUGGCUUGAAUUUGUGGUUUUCUAUACAAUUGUUUAUUAGCUACAAGCUGAGUCACAGGUUUGCUACAAACCAUGGAUACUGUUGGGAACCAAAUUUUCUCAACCUUUUAGGUUGAUGACUAUCAAUAAAUAUUCCUGUAGUCUCAAGGGAUAAUGUCUUAUUAAUACUGGCUGUAAUUCCCUGGUGCGAGAUUUUGCACUGGAAGAUUUAUGUAAUAUGUAUGUAUAAAUAUGCUGUGUCAGCAUUGCUUUACUCACAGUUGUACAUAAAGUAUUGUGUAAUAAA